AUGUCAGGAAAGACACAAGUUUUCGUUACCGGUGCAACAGGCUACAUCGGUGGCUCCGUGCUGCAAAGACUCCUAAACCACCCCUCGAGUGCCAACUCCGAGUUCACGGUGCUCGUCCGCUCUGAGGAGAAGGCGACCAAGUUCGAGCAAGCGGGCUACGACAACAUCAAAGUCCUGCGCGGCUCGCUCGAGGACGUGGACAAGAUCGAGGCGCAGGCGGCCAAGUCGGAUAUCGUCGUUCAUACUGCGGAUGCAGAUGAUGUUGGGUCCGCCAAGGCUAUCCUUGCUGGACUAAAGAAACGUAAGGAGGAGACGGGCAAGGUUCCUAUAUAUAUCCAUACGUCCGGAACAGGUGUCCUCGUCGACAGAGCGGAGGGAGCGUACGAAAGCAAGACGUUCUACGAUGACACCGAUGCGAACCAGAUCGAGUCACUCGCUGACGACCAGCCGCAUCGCAAUGUCGACCUCCUGGUCGUCGCAGCCGACAAAGAGGGCUACAUCAAGAGCUACAUCAUCCUCCCGUCCACGAUCUUCGGAAUCGCUACAGGCCCGCUAUUCGACAAGGGCAUCGCGAAUCCGCACUCGCAGCAGAUCCCGUUCUUGAUCAAGACUGGCAUCAGUCGCAAGCAGGGCGGCGUUGUCGGCGAAGGUGUGGCUAGGUGGCCCUGUGUGCACAUCGAUGACAUCGCGGACCUGUAUGGCAAGGUGUAUGAUGCCAUUCUCGCGGGACAAGACAUCGGCCACGGACGCGAGGGCUUCUACUUUGGCGAGAACGGGCACUACAGCUGGUAUGACCUCUCCAAGGCGGUCUCGCAAGCUCUCGCGGAGGUGGGCAGGAGUGAUAAGCCGGAGCCGACGCCGUUCACAAAGGAGGAGAGGGAGAAGCUUCCAAUUCUGUGGUAUUAUGGGACGAACUCGCAGUGUUACUCGAAAAGAGGCCGGGCUCUGGGCUGGGCGCCCAAGUACGGGACCGAGGACAUGUUGAAAAGCGUGAAGCCAGAGGUGGACGCGAUUCUGAACCUGCAGCAUUAG